AUGGUGAAAUGUGUAGAUGAAUUCACAGACUCCUCAUUAACUCCUUCUAUGCACAGGCCCCAUACCGGCCGACGCCAGCGACCCCCCCCAGGACCCCCCCAAGACCACGACGCCCCUCCACAACCGUCCCCAGCGACUCCAGCGACAAGCGACCCAUACGACCCCAGCGACCCGACCCCAGGCACCCCACGGCCCAGACGCCACGAACACCGACCCCAGGACCCCAGCGCGCCAUCAGCCCACCCCAGUCACGCCACACGGCCCCAGCGACCCACGCCCCCGACCAGCCACGACCCCACCAGCGACACCAGCGACGCCAGGACGCCACCGGCCCCAGCGACAAAGCACGGCCCAGGGAGGGACCCAGCGACGCACGCCAGCGACCCAGCGACCCCACGACCAGCGACCAACCGGCCCAGGCGACGCCCAGAGACCAGCGACGACCAGCGACCCAACGACCCAGCGACCCCAGCGACCCCACCCGGCCCCAACGGCGACCCGCACCCAGCGAACGCCACCCGACCCAGCCGACCCCAGCGACCCAGAGCACCAGCGACCCCAGGCCGGCCCCACGGCCGGCGACCCAGCGACGCGACCCCAGCGACCCCAGCGACCCCAACGCCCCAGCGACGACACCGCAGCGACCCAGGCCGCGACACCAGCGACCCCACGGCCCCAGCGACCCACCGACCCCAGCGACCCACCGGCCCAGGACGCCGCACCGACCCCAGCGACCCAGCGAACGCCAGGACCCAGCGACCCCACCGGCCCCAGCGACCCGCCACCCACCCCAGCGACCCACCGGCCCAGCGACCCCAGGACGCCAGCGACCCCAGCGACCCACACGCCAGGACGCCAGGCGACCCCGCGACCCCAGCGACGGCACAGCGACCCAGCAGCAGGCGCCCAGACGCGGACGCACGGCCCCAGCGACCCCAGCGACCAGCGACCAGGACCCCACGGCCCAGCGACCCCACCGGCCCCAGCGACCCACCGGCCCCAGGCGACCCAGCGACCCCAGCGACCAGCGACCCAGCGACCCCAGGACCACCGAGCCCCAGCGACCCCACGCACCAGGGCCCCACCGGGCCCAGCGACCCAGCGAGCCAGCGACCAGCGACCCAGCAGCGCCCAGCGACGCACGCGACCCCAGCGACAGCGACCCACCGCGACCCAGCGAGCAGCGACCCAGCGACCCAGCGAGCCAGCGACCACGCCCCAGCGGACCACCGCCCAGCGAGCCAGCGACCACAGGACCAGCGACCCAGCGGACACCCAGCGACCCCACCGGCCCCAGCGACCCCAGCGACGCGGCAGCGACCCCCGACACCGCCCAGCGACCCCAGCCCCAGCGACCCACCGGCCCAGGCGACCCACGACCCAGCGACCCCACCGGCCCACAGCGACCCCAGCGACCAGCGACCCCACCGCGCCCAGCGACCAAGCACCCCACCGACCCACAGCGGACCCAGCGACCCCCCAGCGACGCCAGCGACCCCACACGGACCCCAAGGCCCAGACGACCCCACCGGCCCGCACCAGCGCCACGCCCCACCGCCCCAGCGACCCCAGCCAGCGACCCCCACCGACCCCAGACGACCCCAGCGACACACCGGCCCAGCGACGCCAGCGACCCAGCGACCCCCGGCCCAGCAGACGCCAGCGCCCCACCGCCCCAGCGACGCACCCCCAGGCGACCACCGGCAGCGACCCAGUGACCCAGCGACCAGCGACCCCAGCGACCCCAGCGACCCCACCGGCCCAGGCCACCCCACCGACCCCAGACGACCCCACCGGCCACCGGCCCAGCGACGCAGGGCCCACCGACCCGCACCAGACCCCAGCGACCACGACCAGGACCGCCACGACCCCACGGCCCAGGACCACCGGCCCCAGGACGCCAGCGACCCAGGACCCAGCGACCAGCGACCCACACCCAGGACGCCACGGCCCAGACCCCAACCGACCCAGCGACCCACCGCCCCAGGGCCCCAGCGACCCACCGGCCCACGACGCCACCGCCCCACCGACCCCAGAGACCCCAGCGACCCAAGCGGACCCGACCACGCCAGCGACCCACACCAGGCCCCAGGCGACCCCACCCCGGCCCAGCGACGCAUGCGACCCAGCACGCCAGGACCCCACCGACCCAGACAGCACCCACCGGCCCAGCGACGCCACGCCCACCGACCCAGGACCCCAGCGACCCCACGCGACCCCAGCGACCCACCGGCCCAGCGACCCACCCGGACCCCAGCGACCCAGCGGCCCCAGCGACCAGCGACCCCACCGCCCCAGGACCCACCGGCCCCAGGAGCCAGCGCCCGGACCCCAGCGACCCCACCGACCCCACCGGACCCAGCGACCCACCGGCCCAGCGACCAGCGACCCCAGCGACCCCAGCGACCCCACCGGCCCCAGGAACGACCACCGACCCAGCGACCCACCGGCCCCAGCGACCCCAGCGACCCAGCGACCCAGCGACCCCAGCGACCCCACCGGCCCCAGCGACCACCGACCCCACCCCACAGCCGCGACCCACAGGCCCACCAGACCAGCGACGCCAGCGACGCCAGCGCACCCACACCCCACCCCAGACGCCAGGACCCAGCGACCCCAGCGACCCAGCGACCCAAGACCCCAGCACCAGCGACCCGCGAGCCAGCACCCCACACCAGCGACCCCACGCCCCAGCGACGCAAGGCCCCACCGGACCCAGGCGACCCCAGCGCAAGCGCCAGCACCCCAGCGACCAGCGGACCCCACGACCCCAAGCGCCACGGCCCAGCCGCCCCAGCGACCACGCCCACGACCCCAGGCGACCCACAGCGACCCGCAGCGACCAGCGACCCCGAACACCAGGCCCAGCGACCCACGACCCAAGCGACGCCAACCGGCCCACAGCGAACCCCACGACGCGCCAGGCGCCCAGCGACACCCCCAGCGAGCCAGGACGCCAGCGCCCCAGCGACAGACCCCCGAGCAGCACCCAGCAGACGCCAGGCGCCAGCGACCCCAGCGACCCCGCGACCAGCGACCAGGGCCCAAGCGACCCCCCAGACGACCCCAGGACCAGCGACCCCACGACCCCAGCGACCCCACCGGCCCCAGCGACACCCAGCGACGCGACGCCACAGGAGACCCAACGACCCCAGCGACCCCAGCGACCCCAGGACCCAGGCCCAGCGACCCCACCGCCCAGCGACCCCACCGGCCAACGGAGACCCAGCGACCAGGCCCCACCGGCCCCAGGCGGCACGGCCCAACGACCCAGCGACCCCAGCGACCCAGCCACCAGGACCCCAGCGACUCCAGCGACCCCACCGGCACCCAGGCGACCCACCGGACCCCAGCGAGCCCCAGCGACCCCACCGGCCCCAGCGACCCACGACGCCCCAGCACCACCGGCCCCAUAGCGACGCCCAGCGACCCCAUCUACCACGACCCCAGCUACUCCACCCCAGCCACACCCACUCCCCAGACCACUCCCACUCACCAGCGACCCCCGGCCCCAGCGACCCACACCCAGCGUACCCACCUCCAGCGACACCCACCGACCCCACCGUACCCCAGCGACAACCGACCCCAGCGACCCCCGACCCAGCGACCAGCUGCCCCAGGCGACCACCGGCCCCAGCGACGCCAGCACCAGCGACCCCAGCGACAGCAGACCCCAGCACCCCAGCGACGCCAGCGACCCAAGACACUCCAGCGACCCACCACCCCAGUGUGACCCAGCGACCCCACCGGCCCCAUCGACGCCACCGGCCCACCUACCCAGAUACCCAACUACCCCAUCGACCAUCGACCCGCCUACCCAGGACCCCACCGGCCCCACGAGCCACCGGCCCAAGGACGCCAGGGACCCCAGCGACCCCAGCGACGCCAGCGACCCAGCGACGCACCGGCCCAGCGACGCCAGCGACCCCACCGGCCCCAGCGACCCCACCGGCCCCAGCGAAGCCAGCGGCCCCAGGACGCCAGGCGACCCCACCGGCCGCAGCGACGCCACGGCCCCACCGACCCCAGAGACCCCACGGCCCAGCGACGCCAGCGGCCCCAGCGACCCCACAGGCCCCAGCGAGCCGCGACCCCACGACCCCAGAGACCCCAGCGACCCAGCGACCCAACACCCCAGCGACCCCACCGACCCCAGCACCCCACCGGCCCACGACGCCACCGGCCCACUGACCCCAGAGACCCAAGACACCCCACCUACCCCAUCUACCCCACCUACCCCAUCUACCCCACCUUCCCCAUCUACCCCAUCUACCCCAUCUACCCCAUCUACCCCAUCCGUCGAAUUUCCAUUGUUUUGCCAUAUCUUUCUUGCAUGAAAACGAGUCGUUGAAUCUCAUUCCAAUCCACCUCACACUUUCGUUCCUGGAACGCAGCAAUCGAACGGUGCCGCCUCAUGACCAGACCCCAAGUCACCAACAAGUCUCCAGGAACAUCAUGCUUCUCAUGCUGUCCAAGUGCACCCACAGGAUACCAGACCCGUUCGCUGCUACUUAA